GCAUUCAUUCGCAAAGUUACUUUCGACCUAAGAAGACGGGGAGUACAAGCUGAAGACUCAGCAAUGUUCGGGAUAUUCGAUAUACCUCCACCGGAUCCUAAUCAGAUGCCGUUGACCAACUCACCAUGGCCAGUUUUUCUGAUACUCACAAGUUAUCUGUUGUUCGUCAUCAAAUUUGGCAAGGCUUUUAUGGCAAAUCGUAAGCCUUACAAUUUAAGGAGAGUAUUAUAUGUCUACAAUCUUGGACAGGUGGCAUACAAUGGAAUAUAUUUUGCAAUUAUAUUUUAUUACAUCAUCAUUGUCCAAAUUUGCAAUUUUCAAUGCAUGGAAAACUUUCCCUUUGGUCAUGAGAGAAAGAAUUUGGAACGAUAUAUGCACUAUGCAUAUUUCAUCAACAAAAUCCUCGAUCUCUUGGAUACCGUGUUCUUUGUUCUACGUAAGAGUUACAAACAGAUAAGUUUCCUUCACGUUUAUCACCAUUUAAUGAUGGUUCUCGGAUGCUAUCUGGUAAUGCGAUUUUAUGGAACUGGAGGACAUUUUAAUGCUCUUGGUGUGCUCAACUCUCUUGUGCAUACUGUGAUGUACUUCUAUUACUUCCUAUCGGCUUUAUAUCCUGGCAUGAAGGACAGCAUUUGGUGGAAGAAAUACAUAACGAUCUCACAACUCCUUCAGUUUGCUAUCAUCUUUUUGUAUGCCUCUUACGUAUUGCUGUUCUCGAAAGGCUGCGGCUUUCCUCCCUUUCUGUUAUGGGUUCAGAUCGCCCAGUCCAUAGUCAUGAUGUACAUGUUUGGAAACUUUUACAUAAAAGCCUACAUUCGACCAAAGCAGCGAAGUAAGUCAAAUUAGAGCAUUGCAGUCUUGAAUUUUGCAAGUGUUUAAUUAUGUUAAUAAAUGCCAUUUAUAUAUA